AUAGGCCUAGGUUUUAAACCUGCAUUGGUCUUUGUACAGGAACAUGUUUCCCAAACUUAUCUUUCAAACAGAUAAAUAGUUUAGGCUCUUUUCACAGCACAACUUGUAUGGUUACAGAGAAUUGAAUAUGAAUUUGAAGUACUGUAGGUGAGUGUUUCGUCUAGCCCUACAGCCCACACCUUCAUGCGUUUGCAUUGCACUGCAGUGGAUCAUAGCACAAGUUUGUUUACAGUUAUGAUAUCUCUGAUUCAUCACACAAUUCAUAAAACUACACUGUAGUAUGGUCUGAACCUAUGGUAUAUAUAUAUAUUAUUCUACUUGACACUAUUUUUAAUCAGUGCAGGGGAGUGUGAUUGGGCUCCUGUUGUCGCCUGUUUACAUUUAUGAUUAAUCAAACAAGGUUGACCCAUGUAGGUGAGGUUUACUUGUGACGUACAGCCACAGAGGGCUUUGGUCCUGAUCGCUUGCUGAAUCACGAUCUGUUUUUGAACGGCAUACCAUUCAUAGGGUACCACUCUUUGGGGCAGCCUAGUCCAAAGCACCGUCAGUGUCACUGCUGCAGCGCGAGGGUUGAUGGGACGUUGUAACAGAAGCCUAUUGGUGAAGUUUGUGGAAGUGAGCAGGAGAGAGUUUGUGUAUGAGAUGCCUGUCAGGAUUAAAGGGACGUAUCAACUAUGUUGAGAGGCUGAGCUAGUUUCUGAGGACAUUGCACUUGCUUGCUUUUAUGGACAGUUAGGAGCUGAAAGUGAUGUGAUAUUUGGAGGCAUAGAUCUACACACUAACUAUUAUUUUUUAUAAAUAUAAAUUCAACACCCUUCCGCUACCUCGGAAGAACCGGAAUAAACAUCGGAAUAGCGGGUCAUCGGAUUCCCCGAGUGAGCGUGUGACCCGUAAGAAGAGCUUCGUCGACAUGGCGAAGAGGAAAAUGAGUCGUGGGACAAAGGAAACGGUACUGCCGCAGCCUGAGACCCCAAAGAAAGUCGGUGUUGAUAAGGAUGUAGACAAACUGAGGGGGUCUGAGAAGGCAGUAUUAACAGCAUUAAAAUGGUUUCUAGAUGUUGUUCAGAAGGAAACUCUCAUCAUGUUACCCGGGAGUACAACCAAAGUUCUUCAAGAGAUCAUGGAACUCAAUACAACACUCAAUGCUUGCCUCAAACAAGAAGAAAGCUCUGCAUUGAGUUCCCGGCAUAGCCAGGUAUACCAGAGCCUGGCUAAUCUGAUCCACUGGGCUGACAAGAUAGUUCUCUAUGGUCAGUCGGUCAUGGACAAGAAUCAGGGCACUCAAGUGACCAGUGCUGUCCAGAAUGGCAUCAGUGAACUGGUCAAGCUCUCCAUUGAGAAACUCCAACUCCAGGACAAGAACCGGAAUGAGGCCGGACGCCAGUCUCCCUCGGGAUCUGUGUCGUCCUCAUCAGAACAGACCUCGUCUAGUCUGAAGGGUCAAGGAUCGCUGUCCUCAGCGUCUUCAUCACCGGUCAGCCCUCAUGGAUCACCGAAGGCUCUUAAUAAUUGCAAUGCUAAUAGGAGACCCUCAGAGAAUGUUGAAGCAAUCUUAGUUGAUCAGCGCCCUCUUAGUCCCCGUGAGCAGGAGAUACUUCAGAAGUCUCCCAUAUCUCCAUUCUGCCCCGUGGAGUUUGGUAGUCCGGUCAUAGACCCCACCAAUGCACCGCCCAAACCUCCUCUUCCUCUUCAACGGGUUCUUCUUACAGACAACUUGACUGUACCUCCACUGCCACCGAAGAAAACCAAGCGUAGUUCUCUGUAUGACAACGAGCCCAGCGAUGGUCCUUUCCCAUUGCACCCUUCACUGCAUAAUAACAACAACCCCCACCUAAGCCGAUCCUAUUCAGGCAGUUCAAUGUCUGUGACUAGUCAGCAGUCGGACCUUAGCAACACAAGCUCUCACAGUAGACCUGACUCCAUGCAUAGUACACAGCUUUCAAGUUAUCACAGUGACGACUGGGAUACAUCCACGACUACAACUGAACAAAGCGUUGAUAUGUCAAGACUUUCUUACAUGUCGGGUCGCUCUGAGGGCACCCUAAGUCCCACCCCUGUGGGUCAGUCUUUGCAAGCGUAUUCUAUGAGUGAAUCGGUUAUGAUCUAUCAGGAGAGGAGACUUAUCAAUGGGGGUUAUACCAGUGUAGGGGGUGGUGGGGAGAGUAGCGGGGGCGACAGUACGCCGCCUCCUGCACUCCCUAUCAAGGUCAAGCCCAGGACUGUUAGGCAACUGUCGGCUUAUGAGAACCUUAAACCAGAGGAAGCAGAUGCUCUGUGCCAGAAGCUCCAGGAGGAGGUAUUUGUUUCGGAGGCACCCCAACCUGACGUGGUGGCAUGCGCAACACCGAAAGGGAUGGCUAAGUUUACGUCGAGCGGGGAUAUUGAUCUUAGGCAAGAAUCGGAUGGCCCGCCUCCUCUGCCACCAAAAACGAACAAACACAUCAACACCUACCUUGAUCUCGUUGGAGGCUACAACACGGACGGUGUAGAACUGUCCUUCCAACAAUCGUCAAUCUCCACCCAAAUGUUGUCUUACAACUGCUCAUCAAGCCACGCCUCACCGUACGAGUACAUGCAGCGCCGGGAGGAGUUCUUCCAGGCGUCCUACCGCCUCGACGGCCAAGGACUUUCUGACUCUGUCUCUACCUGCAGUACGUGUAGCGUGGCAAGGGGUCAUCAUUCACAGCAGGAGCGGUUCGAGAUGUCACCGGGGAUUGCGGGACGGAGCUACGACAAGGGGUAUGAGACGAUGUCACAGGGUAGUCACGAUAGCGAUGAGCUGCCUCCAGCGAUUCCACCGAAAAAGAAGGGCUCGGUUCCUAACAGUUCUGAACUGAGGUCAAGGCAUUAUACAAACCCUGAGAGGCCGUCAUCACCGAUGUACGAUCUGAAGAAGAAAUCAGAAAGCAUGAUUGAGAAUGGUGAUCAGCAACACUCGCACAAUGGUGCGCAGCUACCUGUAUCCGCAAGACUGCCAUCAGAAGCGGAGUCUGAACCAGAAGAAAGUUUUAGUGAAGGCGGUAUCCUAGACAUGUUAGAUGUCAGUGAACUCCUAUCAUGGAGUCUUGAGGAGAAAGAUAAUCCUGUGAAAGGUGGUCCUAUUGAUGCACUGAUUGUAUACGCAGCAGAUGCAGAUAGGAAAGAUCUAGUGUACUAUGAGGCUUUUCUGACAACAUACAGAAUGUUCAUCAACUCAAGAGAUCUACUCAACAAACUACUUUACAGGUAUAAGAAGUUUCGCCACAAGACUGACAUGAAAUCUAGGCGAGCCAACCGAAAUGCAUUCUUCUUACUGCUCAGGGUAGCUGGAGAUCUCAUCGGACAAACAGAGGAUGACAUCUUGAAGAUGUUGAUGGAGCUGGUAUUCCAACUCCUCUGUGACGGUGAGCUCAUGCUGGCCAAGAUCCUCCGAGACAAGGUCCUCACCAAGAUAGAGAACAACAAGAAAGCCCUCACCACUCAAAGCAAGCAUCUCUGGGGCGUCGGCAUCUCCAUCUCGAGGCCAUCAAUAAAUGAGAUAUCGGGUCAAGAAAUUGCUGAACAAAUGACCAUUCUGGAUUCAGAACUCUUCCAGAAAAUAGAGAUUCCUGAGGUUCUGAUGUGGGCUAAAGAGCAAUCAGAGGAGUUGAGUCCCAACCUAACAAUAUUCACAGAACAUUUUAACAAGAUGUCAUAUUGGGUAAGGUCUCUAAUCUUGCAAGAACCCAAGGCUCAAGACAGGGAGAGAAUUCUCAUCAAAUUCAUCAAAGUCAUGAAGCACCUGAGAAAGCUCAACAACUUCAACUCAUACCUCGCAGUCUUAUCAGCAUUAGACUCUGCUCCUGUCAGGAGACUUGAAUGGCAGAGGCAAACAGUUGAGGGUUUGAAGGAGUAUUGUACCUUGAUUGAUAGUUCAUCAUCGUUUCGCUGCUACCGGGCUGCUUUAGCUAUGGCUGAACCUCCUUGUAUACCCUACCUUGGUCUGAUCUUACAAGACAUCACAUUUGUUCACAUUGGAAACCCAGAGGAGCUUCCCGAUAAUGGGGGCGUCAACUUUGUCAAGUGCUUGCAGUACUUCCAAAUCCUGGACAGUAUGCGCAGAUUCAAACAACAUCACUACGACACACUGAAGAAAGAUGAGAAGGUUUUGCUGGUCUUCAAUGACUUUUCUGAGUACUUGGAUGAGGAAGCUAUGUGGCAGCUGUCAAAGGUCAUCAAGCCAUGAAAUCCCACUCCUGCCACCUAAAGUAAGAUCUUGGAUUCCUUGGAUAAUUUUAUCAUCUCUGAAACCAUCAGAACACGGUUCCUACCUCUUAAGCCAUUAUCAGGAUCUUUCAUUCCUUGGAUGGCAUUGCAUUAACAACAUGGAUUCUACUCGUGAUUCCAUCUGGGAAGUGUUUCUACUCUUGGUACCUUAUCUGGAUCUUAGUGUUCUUGAUCGACAUCAUUAUGGAGUCAAUGCUCAACAUGGAUUCAACACUACGUACCAUCUUACUUCGGAUCUCUAUUGUGACUCCAUUGCUGCAAUCUAGGAAUCCUUGGAAGGCAUCAUCAUCAUCAUACCCUAUUUCAUCUUUGAUGUGCUUUUGACUCGUGGGUGCCGUCAUCCCACUCCUGCCACCUGGACUGUGGAAUCCUUAAACAAUAACUGUUGUCAACCUAGACGCUAUCUUGAAGGCCACACAGACACUUCAAAUCCUUUGGCUUGAUUUCAACUCUUGAUUUCGGUGCAACUCUUUGACACCACCCUGUUCGAUGUACUCCUUUAGGAUGCCCAAGCAGUUGCAGCUAGUGCUAGAUUCCAGAAUUCUUAUAGUGGAUCUAUAUGGUCGAAGCCCGCAGAAGACAUUUUUUGUCAGGGGACAAGCUUUCAGUCGCGUGAACUGCAGUGAAUCUAGUCUUGUUGUAAAGCUGUGAUGCUUGAAGUGCAUUGAAGAUUCAAUUGACUUGUUGGCUGUGCCAGCAUUUAUGAACUUGGCAUUAUGUGUAUUUGAAGGCUGCAAUCUUCCUCCGAGAAGGUACAAACAUUUAUAGGCAGUAAAUACUUUUUUUCAGUAUUAAUGCGUGAUCCCACUGUGUGGGGGCUACACAAUAUUGAUUUACAAGGUGAAAACACUACUUAAUUUUAGAUAACCUGAUGGAUGUGUUUGAUUUAUUAGAUGUAGCAAAACAAGUAAUCUGACAUUUUAAUUUUAAUGUCAAUAAUAAGUUAUUUGGACUCUGCCACUUGAUGUGGGGUUUCAGCACAAAACAGUAUUCCUCCAUGUGCUGUUUUCUGUUUUUUUUUAAUUUAUUGAUCACUCUCUUAAUUUUCUGCUGCUGUGACCAUUUUAGUCAGAAUCACCAUUUUCCAUCGUCGUCGUCAUCAUCAUCACCAUCAUCACUAUCACAGUCAUCCUUGUCAUCAUCAACAUCAUCAUCACCAUCAUCACCUUUAUCUUAUUCACCAUCAAAUCCAUCAUUGCCAUCAUUAUCAUCACAUUCAUCCAUAUGUUCAAAUCAUCUCAAACACUAUUCUCUCUUGCCCAUUGAAGUACAAAAGAUACACUCAGAACCCUAAAUUUUCUUCAUUUUUGAUCAUGAUUGUCUCCUUUUUAAUCAAUAUGUACUAUUAACAGUAACAUAAGAUAUUUUCUUUAACUUUCAUAUGUGUGUGUCAUACAGAACAAAUGUCUGUUCUUGUUAGUUACAUGUAUGUAUAUUUACUUGAAAGACAUAUGGAUAUGUUCAUUCAUUGUGAAAAAUUUAUGUAAGGAUAUCUUGCCAAAAAAAAAUCUCCUUAAACGAGCCCCAUGUCUGCAACUCCUUUAUUGUCAUCCCGCUCUUGACAUAAGUGCAGUCUAGUAAAUCUUAAGUGAGUCAUAUCACAGCAUUUCUUUUCAUUUUGUCUCUUUUGAAAUUUUAUUUAUAUUUUUCAAGAAAAUGAUGUACAAAUGAAUGUUGGAACAUUUUUUUUCCUCAUAAACUUUAUCAAGACUAGUGACUAAGAAAUCUUGACAAGUUUCACAAGUUAUUUAAUCAAAUCUUUGCAUGUUGAUAAUUAAAUAUUUAUUUUUUUAUACUGGAAUGAUAAUCAUAUUAUGCAUGGAUGAGGGCACACAGUGUGAUUGUAGACUUUCUAAUAUGAGAGUAAUCUAGUUUGCUGAUCUAGCAAAUACUAUGUAAUCUACUCCUGAUUUUUAUGCAAGAAAAUUGGCUGAUUGACUUGUACAAAUGGAAAUAUGUCAUGUAAAUGUAAUCCUAAAUUAUGUAGUUUGCCUGAUGUUAUAUUAUUUAGAAAAGAUUCAGUAAUUAAACGAUUGUAGAAAAUUGGUUUGUAAGAAGUGCAAUUUUAGAUAAAUGAUAGUACUUUAAGUAAAUAAAUCUCAUAAAAAUAGUGAUUGAUUUGCAGCCCUAUUUUGAUCUGACCAUGAAUACAUUGCUUUAUCUUCUUGUUCAUGGUAUAUUCUCUGAUCAUUUUAAUGACUCUUUGUAUUCUUCUAUUUGGAGUAAAUACAAUGUAUGUUUGGGAUUCUAAAGGAAGUUUUGAUGGGAGAGACCUAGAGAAAAACAAACCAUUUCACAGAACUAUCCUUUGUUCAUUUAAGUCAGCUAUUUAAAAACAACCAGAAGUUUGAAUGAAAAAGAUUCUGGAGAUUUGUUUAUGCAUCAUACAUUUGAUCAUCAGAAUCAUCUGUCAGCUGAGGAAACAACAUAAUCUUUUUUUUUUUUUUUUUUGGGGGGGGGGGGGUUAAAUGAGCAAAUCAGUUUGUGUUUCAGAAAGCUGUUUGUAAAUUAUGCACGACUUUAUACAUAACUGGAACAUGUUCUUAGGUGCUUCGUAACCCACAUAGGGGAUGUCAUUUAGCACAAAAAGAGGUCACCAGUUUGUUUGUAAAAGUGUGCCUAAGUUAUGAACAGCUUUAUGAAAUGGCCCCAUGUGCCAUACCCCAGUUUAGUUUGAUAGGACUUUUUCCAAAUGACACAUCGUCAGAUUUUUUAUGUCUUCAGAUCCUUGUAAGUACUGGUACCUCUGCAUUUGUUCAUGGAGAAUCACUUAGUUUUUGUUAUAAUGCUGCCAAUAUAUUAAGCGUAGUAGUUACUGCUAAUCUGUAUUGUUUUCUAUUUUCCUUCAAACUUUGCUGUAUAAUUAUCUCAAAAAUUAAAUGCAAUUCCAAAGGAAUUUUAGAAAAUGAUCUCAUGCUUAGCUGUGUUUAGUUUCAACAGGUUCAGAAUAAACACAGCAAUUUAAUAUUAAAGUGUAGGGCAGUUUGAGAUAGUUAAAAUAAACUGGAAUGCUCUUAGGUACUACAUGUAGUUUGGCAGUUUUGCCAGUAUUAAGAUUAAUUUCAGUUUCUAUCUCUCUUCUUGAUACCCCCUUAUUACUUUACUUGUCACACUUUAAUGAUGCAAAGGGUCUAUAGGUACAUGUAUAUGGCCAUGCAAUAAAUUAUACUCCACAUAAACCCUGUUAUUUGCUGCUUUAUGUCGCCCUUAAAAAUAUAUGUAUAUUUACCGAGUUAGAAUUUAUUCACAGGUUGGAGUGUUAUGUGUAGUAUCAGAGGACUCCAUCUAGUUUAUAGGGUACAUCUUUCUUUGUGGUAGGUUUGGAAAAUACAGGGUCAUUUUAUCUUAAAUUCGCACCAAGUCUGCAUUCUUUGAAGACUUGUUGAACUGUACCCCCCUAUUUAUUUUUCUUUCACAAGUAGUUUCUAGGUUAGCACACAGAAAACCCAACAAUUUCAGCCUGAAUUGUAUGAAUUGAAAGUUGAUCAUUGUAUUUGAACAGCUCAUCACUCUAACCAUGGACAUUUUGUAUUUAGAGGAGAGAAAGAACAAAGGUUUGAUUAUUUUGAAAGGAUAUUCAUACUUAUAGAUAAAUAUCCAGCCUUGCAUAUCAAAGUCAAAUUAUUCAGACCUAUAUCACCAGUAUCUUCAAACAUGGCACAGGAUAAUGUAUUGUAUAAUAUGACUCAAACAACUUCUUGACUUACUUUUGCAAGCCAGAUGAAAUAUACUUUUUGUGUGACUAUAAAAUUUAACUGUUCUAAUUUGAAUAAUGGUAAUUUGUCAUGUGUGUGUGAAACUUGUUUUUCGUCAACACCAUAGGUGAUAUAAAAUUCAAUCCAAUUGCAGCAACUGCAUAAAUAUCUUACUUUGCCUUUCAAUACACUGUUUUGGUUUUCAUAUUCAGUGCUUUCACAGUUUCUUUUUUUCUUAGACUUAAAAAUAUGAAAUAUCGAUUGUACUUAAAAGUUACAAUAGGGUUUGGGGUUGUUAUUCUCUUAAACUUUCUUUGGCAAGUAAAACUUAUCUAGCUUCCAGCAUAUACUAGCAUUUGAUUUUUUUAUUUAACAGAGCCAAUGUUCAAAAACCUAUUUAUUACUAAUAAUAACAGGGAAGUGAAAUGCAUUAUGAACAAUAUUUGGAAUAAGAUGCAUUUCGAUAUGUCAAAAUACCUGAAAUAUAUAGGUAUGUAUUUAGAAUUAUGUGUUGAGGAAUUUAGUGUUUCAAAUUAUAUGAAUAUAUAUAUAUUUCAUUGUACUGUAUCUAUGUAUGUAUGUCUAUGUAUGUUAUGCAAUCAAUUGAUGUAAUAAAAAAAGAAGCUAUAACUUGUCAAAUAAAACAGCGCCCCCUGCUGGCAAACAUACUCCAUCAAAUAAA